AUGCUGCUCAACUUUGGCAGCAACAAGUACGCCGUGCACUCGCUGCUCGGCGGCUCGAUCCUCUUCAUCACGCUGCUGCUCUACGUCUGGAACUUCCACCUGCUUCCGGGACCCGGCGAUGGCAUCCGCGGCCAUAGAGGGCCUGGAGAGCCUGGAGGACCGCCACAUCCACCACAUCCUCCUCCUCCUCCUCCAGGAGGACCGCCACCGCCGGGAGGCCCUCAUGGGCCAGGGGGCGACAAGCAUAGGCCGCCAAAGAAGCCUGUAGACGACAAAUGCCCUAAGGGUACGCUGCGGCAUGGGAAUUCAACGUACUGUGUGCCCCAGGAGAUUGGCGGCAUCACCUGGCAGCGACCGGCCGAGGCGAAGAAGAUCAUGGGACUCAUCUUUUACGGCCGUCGCUCCACUGUUUCGAUCCUGGACUGCUACUUAAAGCGCAAUCUGGCCAAGAACGGAGGUCUUCUCGACGGCGUCAUCUUCCUUCAGCGCACUAAGAAAGAAAAGGACAUCAAGUUCCUCGAAAAACUGCUGGCGAGCGAGCCCGAUUACGAGAGAUGGGACAUUGAUAUGACCGAGGGCGGCUUCGCCUCCUCUUACGAUCUCAUUCAAGACGAUGUCUUGUAUGUCAAGAUGGACGACGAUAUCGUCUACAUUGAAGAUUCCGUCAUUCCCUCCAUAGUCACCACCCGAGCUCAACACCCCGAAUACUACGUCGUCUCGGCCAAUGUCAUCAACCAACCGCUCAUUAGCUGGAUUCACUGGAAUCUAGGCGCUAUUAAGCCCUAUAUGCCCGAGAUCAACAAGGCCUAUCCCGCGCCCAAGCCUGGCAGCAAGUUGGAUUGGCGACCAUCAGUUUUACCCUCUUGGGAGGGACCUGACGAUUUCGAAGUUAUCGAUUGGAAUCCUCCCGACCACCAGAAACACCGAUGGCUACCUAUGAAAGGCCGCAACGACCACGUUCUUGAUCGCACUCCCAUUCAAGAGACGGAAUAUGACGCCUUCGGAACGGGCUGGAAGAAGUGGCAGAUUGCCGCUCAAGAGCAUUAUAGUCUUUUUGAGAACAUUGAGAACGAUAACCUGGAUCAGUAUCGCUUCAAGACUUGGGACUUCCAACUGAGGCGCAUGGGGAUCCAGUUUACUGCCAUGAUGGGCAAGGAUAUCAAUCAGGCCAAGCCAAUUGACGCUGAUGACGAGCAUCAUUUUGCCGUCACAAUGCCUGAGAGGACUGGGAGACAUGCUGUUGCCGACGGCGCUGGUGUCGUUGCCCAUUUCAGCUUUGGCGCCCAAGCCGGCGAAGAACGAAUCGAACAAACAGACAUUCUCGAACGGUACCGAGUCUACGCCGAAGACAUGAUUUGCAAAGACCCCAUGCUAUGGGAUCCCAUCAUGAAUAAGCACUCCGAUUAA